UGUUUGUUUUUCUAAUUUCAAAAAAUUUGUUUUUGUUUUGAAUUUCAAAACAUUUUAAACACCCACACCCAACAUCCAAUACACACACACACACACUUAAAAACCAAAUAAUAAUAAUGGGCAAUUGUCUUAAAACAGUGUCAUCACAUGAUGACAUUUCAUUAUUACGUGAUAGUGCACCAACUGCACAACGUGAUUCUUCGGAUCAUUCAUCAUUGGUGGCCAAUAUAAUUAAUACAGCAGCAAUACAACAACAACAGCAGCAGCAGCAGCAUCAAGCACAGACACAUUUUGCCUUGGAUUUGGAUGGUAGUCGUGUGUCAACAACACGUAACAAUAUUGUUAAUGCUAUUAUGAUUGGUGGUACACAACAACAACAACAACAACAGGAAAAUAAUACUGGAUCAACAUUAUUAUUUUAUCCAUCACCAAAUGUUAGCCGUCAAGCAAAUCAAUUGACCGAAGAGGAACAGAUAAAAAUUGCACAACGUAUUGGUCUAAUACAACAUUUACCCACUGGAUCAUAUGAUGGUUGUAAAAAGAAUCGAGAAUGUGUGAUAUGUAUGAUUGAAUUUUUAAUGGAUGAUCCAAUACGUUUUUUACCAUGUAUGCAUAUUUAUCAUACAAAAUGUAUUGAUGAUUGGUUAAUGCGUUCAUUAACAUGUCCAUCAUGUAUGGAACCAGUUGAUGCGGCAUUAUUAUCAGCCUAUCAAACAGAUUGAUUGAUUUAUUUGUUUUGUAAUUUUUUUUUUUCGCCGAACGAAUACUAUCAUUGUGUAUAUUGGGGAAAAACAAACGAAGAUAUUGGAUUACGGAUUUCUUGUGAUGGUGGUUAAGAGAACAAAACGAAACAACUAUAAAAUCGAAUCAAUUUUGAUUGGAUUGGAUUCGAUAAAUUUUUUUUUCUAAAUUUGUA